AUGGAUUACGACCUCUCAGGGGAAGGAAUUGAGGCCUUCCAGUCACUAUACGAACGACUGUCAUCAUACUUGGUGGAAAAAGAGGCCUACGAUCGAAUUGCGACUUUGGAGGCCGUCAAUGAAGAACUUUCUGAUCAGGAGCGAGAGGAUGAAAUAGAGAUUCAGCUUGCUCCGGCAGCGCUGGACGAUACGCCUCCUAAAGUCAGAGACCCUACUGAAAAGGGUAUCACCAAAUUUCGGUCGCUGAAGAGGACAGAUACAAAACCGUAUUCCGAUGUCCCGGGUAAAAUCCAGCCCUUCUCGCCAUUGCUGAAGUUACAGGGGCAGAAUGAGUUUGUAUGGGAGCCUAAACAUCAAGAGGCUUUCGACAGAAUUAAGAAUUACCUAGCGAGCCCGCCAGUGCUGGUUCCGCCGAGGGCCGGAUUUCCAUUGAAGUUAUAUAUAUCAGCAGCCGAAGCUUCCAUUGGCAGUUUACUCGCUCAGGAUGAUGAGGUGGGUAUUGAGCAUGCUAUUUUCUACCUCAGCCGGACAUUGACGGAUUGCGAGACAAGGUACACUCCUAUAGAAAAACUGUGUCUUACUUUGUACUUCUCAACGUGCAAGCUGCGGUACUACAUGUUAUCCUUUACUACCUGCAUCAUCGCUCAAACGGAUCUGGUCAAAUACAUGUUGUCGCGACCUAUUCUGAGAGGCCGCAUUGGCAAAUGGGUACUAGCUCUUUCUGAAUUUUCGCUACAGUAUGUACCUCAAAAAGCCGUAAAGGGACAGGCCAUCGCGGACUUCCUUGUACAUCAUCCUACGUUGGAUAUCCCUGCAAUGAAGGAGUUAGAGAUAGCGACCGCAACUACAACUGGACCAGAUUUAGCAUGCAUUCCGGAGUAUGCUGUAUGGUAUCAAGCCACAGUCUCCUUGCAGGCCUGGGUAUUGUUUUUUCAUGGCUCAAGAACAAAAACAUUAGCAGGGGCAUGGAUUGUUCUGGAAAAUUCAGCUGGCGACCGCUUUUCUUAUUCUUUCCAACUGGACUUUAAAUGCUUGAACAACCAGGCAGAAUAUGAAGCCCUUAUUAUCGGGCUAGAAGUCUUACUGGAACUGGGCAUUAGGGACGUUCAGAUCCGAGGUGAUUCUCAGCUAGUGAUAAAUCAGCUUCAAGAAAAAUAUAGAUGUGUAAGCUGGUUACUAGUACCACAUUUGAAUCACGCAAUUGAGCUUCUGGAUCAAUUUAAUGACGCCGAUUUGGAAUACAUCCCUCGCGAGCGCAAUUUUGCAGCCAAUGAGCUUGCUCAACUAGCCACAUGCAUUACAUUGAAGUAUGGAGUUCGCGAGCAUAUUCUGAAAGUCGAGCGUCGCACACAACCUUCAUGGCUCGCACGACCUGAUCCGCCUAACGAUCCAGUUGUCGCGGUACUCGAACCUAUUGAUGUUGAUUGGCGCAUCCCGCUGAUCGAUUACCUCAAGCAACCAGGCCCCAUAGCCGAUAAGAAGAUUCGCUUUCUCGCCUUAAAUUACUUCCUCAGGGGUGAUGAGCUACGACGACGCGGGGAAGAUGACAUAGACUUCCGGUGUGUCUAUGGCUGCGAAGUGAAAAGAUUAAUGGGUGAAGCGCACACAGGGAUAUGCGGAGCUCAUCAAGCGGGACCUAAGAUGCACUGGCUCAUUAGGAGACAUGGCUAUUAUUGGCCUAGCAUCUUAAAGGAUUGCAUCGCGUUCGCCAAAAGAUGUGAAGACUGUCAGCUCUAG